ACGGCUAGACUGCUGCUCUUGCAAGACAUAAUACGCUUCAGACAGUUCCAAUCUGUGCGAGUUAGAGUCAUGCCAGAAGAUGUGCGGGCGCAACAUGUCGAAAUCCAGGAAUUAACGGCAUGCCAGUGGUUUGAUUUCAAAGAGAGGCAAACUUUUAAUCUUUGAAAAACGUCGUCGGAAGUCAAGAAAUUGCACAAUUCGGUACGUGGGCUGCUUUCAACGCACGCUCCAAAGGCCUAAGUGCCAUGCCAGAAGGGUCCCAUUCUGUUCUCCACCAGGGCCCAAUGGGGGAAGAAUAUCCUCGGUUACCCUCGCCCCUCUCCGCUGGAGACCAUGAACAAAGAAAUGCAGAUUUAGAAUCAGACUGUUACCAUCAACUAUGUGCCGAUCCACUGGAUGGAGAAGGCCAACGUCCAGUAAGUCUCGUGUCUACCUUGUCUUCUGGAUCGUCCCGUGACAGUCACAGCCUUUUUGGGAGCACCGUCACCCUCCCUUCCUCCUGCACACCACCUAUACCGAGCGAGGAGGACAUCGACUUGGAGCUGAGCCCGGCUGAAAGCGCUGUAGAACACACAAGAGACCAGAGUCCCGGCCUGGCGGGGUUCAGCAGACUAUGGAAGCCGCACCUAAUGCUCCACCAGUGGAAUAACAAUAACGCCACCGCCAACAGGAAAAGUACACAGAUCCUUCAUAACCCGGCUUCACCUGUUGUCACGGAAACGAUGGCGCCCAACCCGAAACUGACCCACGUGGACCGAGUUGUCAUGGAGAUCAUCGAAACGGAGCGCAUGUAUGUCAAAGAUCUGCGCAGCAUUGUAGAGGACUAUUUGGCUCACAUUAUCGAUACAAGCAACCUGCCCAUGCGCCCAGAGCAAGUGUGUGCUCUGUUUGGAAAUAUUGAGGACAUCUAUGAAUUCAACAGUGAGUUGCUGCAGUCCUUGGACAUGUGUGACAACGACCCUGUGGCCAUCGCCCAAUGCUUUGUCGAGAAGAGUGAAUAUUUUGAGAUCUACACCCAGUAUUGCACCAACUAUCCAAAUUCAGUCGCGGCACUGACUGACUGCAUGAGGAGCAAAACCUUGGCAAAGUUCUUCAAGGAUCGUCAGGCUUUUCUGAAGCGUUCUCUCCCGUUGGGUUCUUUCCUUCUCAAGCCCGUGCAGAGGAUCCUAAAAUAUCACCUGCUGCUUCAGGAAAUUGCAAAGCACUUUGGCCCAGACGAGGAUGGCUACGAGGUGAUCCAAGAGGCCAUAGACACCAUGACAGGGGUGGCCUGGUACAUCAACGACAUGAAGAGGAAACACGAGCACGCCGUCAGAGUGCAGGAGAUCCAGUCCCUUUUGAUCAACUGGAAGGGUCCUGACCUGACCACUUACGGCGAGCUGGUGCUGGAAGGCACCUUUCAUGUCCUGCGGGCAAAGAACAGUCGGACGCUCUUCCUGUUUGAAAAGAUGCUGCUCUUUACUAAAAGAAGAGGAGAGCACUAUGUCUACAAGACGCAUAUCUCUUGCUCCACCUUGAUGCUACUUGACAGUGCAAAGGAUCCUCUGCUUUUCAGUGUUAUCCACUUCAAGCAUCCCAAGCAGCCCCAUACCGUGCAGGCCAAAUCUGUAGAAGAGAAGCGUCUCUGGGCCCAUCACAUCAAGAGGCUCAUUCUGGAGAACCACAACGCCAUUGUUCCGCCAAAGGCAAAAGAAGCUAUCGUGGACAAUUCGAAUUGUGUUGGGAAGUACCACUGUAGCCCAGAGAGGGUAAAGAGAGCAGAUUCGUACCAGUCGAGUGACAUCCAUCUUGCAGGAUGGAAUGGCCGGAGGAGAUCAGAUGUUUUGAAGCAUGCCGAAAGUGAGAGCGCCCUACUCGGGGACAGGCCUCAGCCUCAGGCUUCCGGUCUAAGCGAGGGUGAGAGGCCGGCUGUGGAGGAAGCCACACAGCAGCUAAGUUCCACACCGGCAGAGGUGCCCUCCUCGCCUCAUGAGGGGGGUCCGAACCUGCCGAUGACAGAACAGCAAAAACAGGAAGAUGAGGAGGGGGACAGUUUCAAGGAGGAUUUACUGAUGGGGGACGACCAGGUAGCCGACUUUGCCAGCUCUGUGUUGGCAGCCAUCUCCUGCUGGCACUAUCAAGCCCGGGCUUUGCUUUCUUCUCACUUCACAACGGAUGAUGAAGCCUGCGAUCCCGCUCAGCUGACCGACACGCUGAGAAAGGAGACUCAAGAAACACACGGCCAUGAUGAAAGCCAGAGAGAUGCGGCUGAGACAAAACAGGUCCAUUUGGACGAGCCGCACCCUUCGGAUUGCGUCUCUCAAGUAGAGAACAUCCGUCAACAGUCCGAGUCAUCGCUAGAGGCCGUCACUCCGGAGUCGGCUGAGACUUCUAGAGAAACCGGUGAAGAAGCGGAGGGGGAAAGCGACUCGUCUGGUCUUCAAGUGGAGGAAACGAGUGCGCUGAUGAGCGGCGAGCUCUCAGAGGAGGAGGAAGAGGAAGUGGUGGCCGAGAAUAAGAGAAUCCUACCGUGCUCCGUGUUGGAUCAAGCCAGUGUAAUCGCCGAACGCUUCAUCAUUGGCUUGCCCAGGCGGAACAGCCUGGUCUCUGAGGAUCUGGGCUCCCUGGCUUGCUCCUCACUUUUAACACCCAAUGAAGUCUUCAUAAGCCCCUCCACCUGCACGGACUCUGAAGAAAAGUCGCCCACUCUAUCACCUCCUGAGCCGCAGGUGACCCCUGAGACCGUUUGUGAACCCGUCCCCGUCGAGGGCGAACAUCGGUCCACUCUCUCCAAACAGGAUCUCCUCCUGAUCCACAAGGUCAGAAGAUACUAUGAGCAUGCCGAGCACCAAGACGCCAACUUCAGCAUCAAGCGCAGGGAAAGUCUCUCCUACAUUCCAGCAGGUCUGGUCAGGCAGUUGAGUAGGCAGCUUAACGAUAUUCCCGACCAACCGGCCGCCGUCCCAGUCCACAGGAAAGUCCUCUCCCGUUACAGACCUACUUCUUGGUCAGUCUUUGACCUUCCGGGCUUAGAAAAGAACCCAAACGCAGACAUUGAGCAAAAGGCUGAACGACAGAGAUCAGAGGAAGCGAAGGCUCGAUCUCCAAGUGUCACCGAUUCUUCUACCACAGAUGAAGACUUACGCCCUUCAUCGGAGAUGAUCAAAGUCUGGCAAGACAUGGAGUCAGAGGAAAUCCAGCAGACUGGAGAAGAGGAGAAUAAUCCCUUUGAGUGUUUGGACUCCUCAGAAUGUAAACUCCGAAAGCAACCAUCCCUGAUUCUAGAAGAAACAAGUCCCUCGUCCGAAGGUUCAGAUGUUUUACUAGAAGACUCCGCUCGAGACUGCAAGCAGCGUAGAACCUCUAUGACUCAAGGUCUGGUCCAGCUCCCCAGGCUCAUUAGCCUCAGAACCAGUGUUGACGAAGACCAGAUCUUGCAGGACAUGGGCAAGAUGAAGAACAAAGUGUUCCAACUGGCUCGUCAGUACAGCCAGCGCAUCAAAAAUAACAGACCGAUGGUCUGGCAGAGGAACCGGGAAGCUUCCAGUCAACAAGGAUUCAAGAGCAUGCCUGCUGUCCUUGAGGAGAAGGUCAAGAAAAAAAGUAAACCCAACCUAAGACUGCCCUUGAAGGCUUGUGACCAGAUGGUCAUCCACGAGGUGAAUACACCGAGUCCGGCCCAGACUCCAUCUUCUGCGGCCAGCUCCCGCAGCACGCUGACCGAUCCGCAAAGCCCUCAAUUGGAGAACUUCCACUGGCCUGACGUACAAGAACUUUGCUCCAAAUACAACCCCAGCCAACCGGAUGCUGAUUCCUCAAACAGCUUGCUGGAAUGUUCUCCGGCCAAGUGCAAUUGCUGCUCUCACACAGACUCUCAUAAAGACCCGACCCAGUGUCCGGAGGCACAACCCGAGACUUGGUACAAGGAGAGGGGAGAUCAAGACUGGCCUCGCCCCCGGUCCAAACUACUGUGCAGGUGGAGCUCGCUGGAGCACAUGCUUGGUUCCCUGCCACUCCAUGAAGUGCAGAACUUGCAGGAACCCGUGCGGACCUGCCGUCCUAGCAGUCUGGCGUCUCUGACCGCCGCGCAAUGCAGCGUCCUCGCAGAAGGAGACCAGCAACUGGAGGACAGCUCACAAUGUCCCGGCAAGUCGGCUGCACCGAGUUCGGCCAAGACGUCAGAAAGUAAUCUGGUGAAAAGUUUACGGGAGAAGUUCCAGAGUUUAAGCACCAGCUCAUCAACGUGUUAACUGUUUAUCUUUACUAAGAGGGAACUUUUGGUCAGUGUUGUGCAGUCCGCAUUGGAUGCACCAUUUGGGAAGGGACGUUAUUGGUCCAUGCAAUGUGGGAAACGAUGUCUUUAAAAAGAAGUUUGUUGCAAUAUUUGUACAUUUGGGACUUUUCCUAACUCAUCGGAUGUAAGUGUGUCAACAGUCCCCUGAUUGGUAUCAUUACUAGAUAGGCUUUUGUUUAGUUGUCACUCAAUGUUGGCAAUUAAACUAUACUAAUUAUUAAAGCAUAACAACAAGCAGAUGUGGGAAGAUUACCUCAACUAAGCUGACCGCACACCAAAGAGUUUUUUUGUUAGCUAUAAAUGUAAAAAAAAAAAAAAAAACUUAAAAUGUGACAGCAGUCACUUUGACUGACCGCUGUUUUCAUGCAUCACUGGAGCUUUUAUUAUUUUCCUCCAAUUUCUAUUUUUAUUGAGUAAUAUUUAUGAAGCUGUAUUUGGGGGCACACGUUGGCAUGUAAAUAGCGACAUUAGUGUAUAAACUCCUUUUGAAAGCUUUCUAUUCCAGAAAGACUACUUGAAAUUUGCCAUAUUUGCAUUAAAAACAGAAAUGGCACGUGGCCGCCCGUCACUGAUGUCAUGGACUGAUGCACACAGUAUUGUCAUGACGUAUAGAGUACAAAUCUGUCUGAGGAAGUCUUUGAUGAGACUGAGUUCAUGAAUAAACUUUUAUUCUAUCUGUA